UGUGCCCUCAGCUUACUGGCUUCAUUUUCUCUUCACGGUCUUAAGCAGCAGAAAACAUAGAGAAAGCUACCUUCUUUUGUUCCUGUUGUAGAACAAGGAAUUGCCUUUUGCCUCCUCCUUCACAGGGGUUACUAGGGUAACGCUUGCUUUUUGGGUGUAUUUAAAGUGUUCUGUUGGACGAAAUCAAGGAGGAGUUGUCAGUUCCAAGGACUGGAAGUUCAGAAUCGUUUAAUGAGGGUCUGGGAAGAGAGUCUUGGGGAGUAAAGUUGGGUUUCUGGUUUUGGAAAAUGGGUUCAUUGCUAAGGCAGACACUGAAGAGACUUUGUUGCAGUAAUGGCUGGUCUUAUGGCGUUUUUUGGGGUUUUGAUCAGAGAAAUCCCAUGUUGUUAACAAUAGAAGAUGCUUACUAUGAAAAGGAGAUGAAGACAUUGGUUGAUGAUAUGCUUCAAAAGUUCCAUAUUUUCGGUGAAGGCAUCAUUGGCCAGGCUGCUUUAACUAGGAGCAGUAGAUGGAUAUUUUCAGAUUCUCAUGGUGGAAAUUGGAAUUCCGUUGGCUCUUUUGCAAAUGAAAAUAUGCCUCAGGAUGAAUCUGAGUUUCAAAGCCAAUUUUCAUCUGGGAUCAAGACAAUUGCAGUUAUCUCUGUAGAAUCACGCGGAGUGAUACAGUUUGGAUCCACUCAGAAGAUUUUGGAGAGGUUGGAAUUUUUAGAUCAAACAAAGAAGUUGUUCAAUGACAUGGGGAGUAUUGAUGGGCUUAUCCUAGCAGACUUUGUUCCAUUUUCAUCUAACAAAGAAAAUUAUGAUCUCGAUGGGUUUUUCCCUUCCUUGCUAUCAUCUGGGAAUUCCUCUGAUGGAAUUCUCACAUCUGAACAAGGUGGCUGUGCUGGGGAGCUAACAGGAAAACCAUGUUCACCAAGGAUGGGUUCUAUGCAGCAGUAUUCAUCUCACCAUAAUGAUCAAUUACAAACUAUGUGUGCGGAAGCUCUUAAAACUCAGCAGCAGUUGCAUUUGCAGCCCUUCUCUUCUGUUAACAACUCAGCUGCUGAUACUCCUUGCACUAGUUCGGGGGGUGGUGGAGGUUCUGUUUUGACUUCAUUUGAGACAUUAAUGCUAUCUGAUGAGGAUCUUUGGGAUUCUCCUUUUGCAUCCCCCCUGACAAAUUCUCCUGUCCUCUGGGGAAGUACAAGACAGACUAACGAUAAUUCAACAUUAAAUUCAUUUCAUAGAACAGGGGGAGCAGUUGAUCUACAGAAACCUAUUGAAGACAUCUCUAGAAAUUCAACUGACAGCCAGAACUCUUCUGCAUCAGUUAUUCUCACUGAUGGACUUCUAGGCAGUGUGACUAGCCUACCAAAAAUUCCUGCAGAGUUCAUGCCAGCUGAAUAUUCCUCAGAUAUCUCCAAUUUCUGUGCAGUUGACGAUUUUUCUCAGUGGUUUGCUUCUUCACCUGGUCAGGACACCAAUGCAGCUGGAACUGCUAUAGCUGGUGAUCUUUCAUGUGCAACAGAAGUUUCUUCGCUGUCUUCUGGGCUGGUCAGAGAUGUUCUCAGUGACAUUCCAGUAAAAUAUCUGACCAAUUCAGUGCAAAGUUCCAUCACUGACUCAUUCCUGUCUGAUGUGCGAAAGAAAUCAACAGUUGUUGAUGGUAAUGAAAAUAAUCCAUUUGACAGCCUGAAAUUUGAUUUUGGUUCUGGAAAAACCGGUGAGUGUUUGGAAGAUAUUGUCAUGCCAAUGAUUGGUGGCAAUUACUCUGCUGUUGGUAUGGGAAUGCCUCGAUGCAUUUCAAGGUCAGAUGUUGGCUGCACAGCUGACUCACACACAGGGUUGUUCUCCAAACUAGGACUCGAAGCGCUUCUUAAUACUUUUAGCAGUUCUGAUUCUGUUGCCACGUCUACUGUUGAGGAUCAAGUCCCCACCACAAAAAGAAGGAAAAUGGAAAGUUCAUAUUCUACUUUCAAUCCAGUUGAUUUUGCGGGACUCUCUUGCUCGAGCAGGAGCAUCAACCUGAUGCAGCAUUCACAUAACUUGGACAGGACAAAUAGUACCAUGUUAAAAAAAGAGGUUCCUGCAAAAUCACAAGUGGGCUUAUGGAUUGAUGAUAGCUAUAGCAUCAAUGUUGUAGAUAAUGCCGUAGGGGCAUCAAAGGAAGCUGAGGAACCUCCAAAGGUAACAAAGAAAAGGGCUAAACCUGGACAGAGUACCCGACCAAGACCAAAAGACCGUCAGAUGAUCCAAGACCGUCUAAGAGAGUUGCGAGGGAUUAUUCCUGAUAGUGGAAAGUGCAGCAUUGAUUCAUUGUUGGAUCGAACUGUCAAAUACAUGUGUUUCUUGCAAGGUGUAACAAAAUAUGCAGACAAGCUUACACAAGCUGAUGAACCAAAGCUAAUUGGCCCAGACAAUGGAGCAGUACUAAAAGACCACAGGAGUGGCGGUUCUUGUGGGGCAACUUGGGCAUUUGAAUUAGGCGAUCAGACCAUGGGUUGCCCAGUUAUAGUUGAGGACCUAAAUCCACCUGGCCAAAUGCUUAUAGAGAUGCUAUGUGAAGACCAAGGAUUCUUUCUCGAGAUAGCAGACAUAAUUAGGGGUUUUGGGUUGAAUAUUUUGAAGGGAGUGAUGGAGAUUCGAGAAGAUAAGAUAUGGGCACACUUCAUUGUUGAGGCAAACAAGAAAGUCACAAGGUUGGAUAUUCUUUGGUCCCUCAUCCAGUUUCUGCAACAAACCGCGACUAGUGGGAUUAAUCCCACAAAACAGCCCAGCAGCGCCAUGGAUUGCAUGAAUCCCCUAUUAAACAAACACCAGCAGCCUUUGCUGCUGCCCUCUGGCAGGCUUGCUGAGACACUUGGAUAUGAUUAAGCACACAAUUCAAAGGUUCCAGAAGUACCUUGAGCAUCAUUUGUUAAUGGCCUGCGAUGAUUGGUUUUUCUGGAAGCUGGAGGGCCACAAACAAAGAUAUCAAUUAAGGUGUUUGAUUCCAUUUUCUACACAUAGGAAAUUAAUGGAAAUGGAAGAUAUAUUGUUGAUAGACUAGCAAAUACAUUGGUAAAAUGUCAAAGUGAUCCCAUUGCUUCUUAUACAGUAGUUGUUCAGGGAGGAAACAUUUCUAUGAAUAUCAAUAUAGUUUCUGCAAAAGAGAAGCAAUAGAUUCAUUGGUGUUUCUGUUGCACAAAUUGCAGUGAUAUGUUGACUUAUUUGUGAUGGUGGGGAGUGAUGGUUUUU